AUGGCGAGCGGAACCCGGCCAUAUUCACACACGAAUGUCAACAAUGUGUCAAUGAACAGUGUGCUCACAAAAGUACAUAUCGAGAACCAAGAGCUGGAAAUCGUCGAUCGUCUGAUUGAGCCGCAGACCAUAGCACAUUUCUUAGAGUUUGCGCUGGGCGCUCCCCUUCCCAAUGGCAAGGAAUGCGAUCUUGUGCGUAUGACACCGGAUGAGAUCCCGUUGACGCAGACGAGUCCUGAUCCGGACGCCGAUCAGACCGUCAUCAUUGACCGGGUCAUGAAUCGCAUUGGGUCCAUGCAGGAUGGGGACCGGUUGUGCUGUGUCGGGAAGAAUAUCCAUUCCCUGAAGAACAGAUUGUGGGAGGGGAUUGUCCCACUCUGUGAGCAGCGGUGGAAAGAAAAGGGCCUCGACAAGACAGAUAAUUUUGACGUGGCGUGUCAGCAUCUCUCGGCCGUUUGUGCAGCAUUUGAGUAUUUGAAUCAGCCCAAAGUGAUGCAGAAUAUGCGCGACACGUUCAACCUGAUCUGGGAGCAUUGGAGGGAGCUCGAAGUCAUGCUAAAUCGACAACGCGCAGAGAAGCAGCAGCCAUCUGUCAGCGUGACGAGCCUGUGGACGGCAUACAUGACGGCCCAUUUUGAGGUCAUGACGGAGCGAGCACACCGCUGGGUGACGGUUAAAGUCAGCGCCCUUCGCGCUCCGUUACUCACUACGCUACGUUUACAUCGGCCCGUGGACCUGGACACGCUAGACAGGAUUCAGUGGCGGACAACCGACGCGCUGCACAAGCUGGCCGAAAUCAACUGCGUCGCCGACUACGGUAUUCUUAUUCCCAUGGACGGAUACAAGGGCUACACUGCACCAGCCGUCCCGUCGAAUAUCCCUCCUGCUCUUCGUUCGACAGUCUGGCCGGAGCGUGGAGAAGCAUGCUCGCGGAGGCUCAAGCAGGUCACACGCACAGCAAGAUACCAGAGCAUAAUGCAGGCGCGUGCCAGGGGUGAGACUCACCACCUUGCCGAUCCGGUGUCACUGCACCAGGCAUGCCUUGACCAGGUCAAUGGUCAGCAUCAGCUGCGGCGAGAAGUGCGCGGCAAUCCGGUUGAGCCGGUACCCAGGGAGCCAUGGAUCACGAGGCUGUUGUAUUGGAUUCAGAGCCCGGACGAUCGACGUCAGAGUUUCGGACUGGCUAUCUACCGGUUGACCUAUAAGCAGAGCGAUGCUGAAUGGAACGCGUGUAAACAGAAAAUAGAGCAACACAUUACAGACUGGGGUCGCGGACAAACCGGCUCCAGUGCGAUCAAGCCGCAUCUGAAGCUGCACUGGAAGGAUGGGAAGGAUCUAGGAAUUCCAGAAGGAGACGUCGAGGCUGCAAGAAAACACUUCCAUGGUCUCGGUCCCUCGCCACUCGACGCUCCCGACCAGGUAAAUGAUCGAGUAUUCCUCGUAGUCGACGAGCCCAGUGUUGCUUCGUAUACGAGUUCAAGCUACUCCUCCGCCCUGCUCACCGCGCGCAACGGAGACUUUGCAGGUUUCGUGCUAGCCAUCGACGCCGAGUGGAAUCCAGUCGAAGGUCCCGAUCGUCCAGACGAAUCUCCGGGGUACCACGGACAGAUGCGAAUCCUAGGCAGCCUAGUCUGGGGAGAUCUGUUCGCCAUGCAUGCAUCACAAUCCGCCUUACUAGAAGAUCUGUGGCCUCUUGCUCUUGAUCAUCCGAACACAGUCUACGUCGGGCCUGUCGUACCAGACGAGAUCAAAGACUGGCGGCUCCAGAACGGCUUACGCAAUGUGUGUCUACAAGCAGUAGCCGACUACGCACACAAGAAGAUCAACGGGACGCCGUUUCCUGUUGCUCCCGUGCCGACCAUUCCAACACGCGCUGCCCGUUCAGGAACCGGGGAUGCAGGGCCCUCCGCCUUGCCAAGUAAUGCUCCUCCUGAAACUGCGCAGGGUCAAGAAGACAAUCCGCUGCGGUCGUACCUGCUGCGCGCAUUUCAGCGACAUUUGCAAAGGAAUAAUCAUUACCGCGAAGCGGCGCUGGUCGGAGAGAUGCUGACUACUCCUGCAAAUCAGACGGUCGAUAUGGAGCGGGUGCGACAACGCAUGGAGCAGAGUCGGGCUAAUCCUGCGCCGUCUAUGAGUCGAGAGGAGGAAGAUGCGUUGGAGAGGCAGGAGUUUGAGAGAGAGUUUUGUCCGCAGCAAUAG